AUAUAUUUAUAUAUUUACACAUACACACUUUUACACAUACACACACACACAAGGACGACCAAUCAAAUACAAACACACAUUUGUGUGUCUAUCAACUUAACCAAUCCAACGUCAUUGCCACACAUCACACAUAAUACAUAUCACACACAU